AACAGACAACACCCAUAUCAGAUUAUAAGUGUGUGCUUAAACUUGUUAUCUACAUCAGAUCCGGAGAAUUACUGUCAUGGAAAGAAGCAACUAAGAGGUGUCCUUUUUUGCUCUUCACAAGGACAUUGACAAUGUUCUGGAUUUCAUGGAGAGAUUAAAGAAUGAAGAAGAUCAAAAUGCUGUUGAUGUGGAUCUAAUUGAAAAGCUGAAAUUGAAGCUGACAUUUCUUUGUACAUAUGUCCAGCUUUCUUAUUCCGAUUUGGAGCAGUUUGAAGAUAUAAUGACUAGAAAAACACAAGAGGUUGAGAAUCUGCUUCAACCAAUUUUGGAUGAUGAUGGCAACAAAUUCGGGUGUAAAUAUGUCCUUACUAGCCUCGCCGGUAAUAUGGAUGACUAUAUCAACUCGCAUCAUCGUUUUAAAUCGGAUGCCACCAUGAUGGAUGAGCAAUUGGACUUCCUCCUCUUGAAUCUCUAUCAUCUAUCCAAGAAUCGUGCUGAAAAAAUGUUUCCUGGAGUGACUCAACAUGAGGUUCUUCAGAAUGUAUGUGGCAACAUCAGAGAUUUCCAUGGGUUGAUAGUGAAUGGUUGCAUUAAGCAUGAGAUGGUUGAGAAUGUCAUACCUCAGUUUCAACUCAUGGUUGAGAGAGUAGGACACUUCCUUUGGGAGGAUCAGACUGAUGAAGCCUCUCAACUCUCCGAGCUAGAUAAGGAUGAUCAAACUGAUGAAGACAAAGAUGAUCAGACUGAUGUGUCAGUUUUGCUGAAUGCCUCUCAAAGUGAGAGUCUUUCCAUUAUAUAG